AUCGUCAAUCAACAACACCAUCACCACAACACCCAAAAUCUCACGAUCAGGCCACGAAGCUAGCCACGACAACUCUCCCUUGACAAUCUGUUUCCAUCAGCGGACCAGGGCACCUAGUUUCCUUAACCACCACACGACCCCAGUCAAUACCAUACCCACAAAGACCUUUUUCGUGUCAUCAACCUGCAAACAAUAUGUCUGUUGAAGCUGCCACCGCCCAAUUGGCAAACACCACCCUCAACGAGCCUACCGGCACCGCGGAAGGCGCCAGUGUCGGAGCUGGCGGCGACAAGCCCAUCAACGCAUCACAGAAUGAGGCUGUCAUCGCAAGCGCCGCCGAGGGUCGGCGACUGUAUAUCGGAAACCUCGCGUACGCGACCACCGAGGGAGAGUUGAAGGAGUUCUUCAAGGACUACCUUGUCGAAACCACUUCGAUCCCAACCAACCCACGCACGACUCGCCCAGUCGGAUACGCCUUCGUUGACGUGUCCACCCCUACCGAGGCUGAGCGUGCCAUCAACGAGUUGAACGGCAAGACCAUCCUGGAUCGCAAGGUCUCCGUCCAGCUCGCCCGCAAGCCAGAGCCUGCUGCCGAGAAGACUGCCACAUCCGAGAACGCAGAGGGUGGUGAAGGCCAACAGCGUCGCCGCUCAUCUACCCGUGGCCGUGGUCGCGGCCGUGGACGAGGUGGACGCGCAGGUCGUGGAGGCCGCAAAGGCGCUGAGACCAACGGCGAGGCUACCGAGGGCACCAACGGCCCCACCAACGUUCCUGCUGCUGUCAACCCACUGACACAGACCACAAACGAGGCUCUUACCGGCCAAGAGGGCGAGGAGGGUACCAUCACCGUGGACGGCAAGCAGGGCAAGUCCCGUGCCCCACGCGAGCCACGCAAGCAACGCGGACCUCCAGAGGACGGCGUUCCAAGCAAGACGAAGAUCAUGGUUGCCAACUUGCCUUACGAUCUUCGCGAAGAGAAGCUGCUUGAGAUCUUCGCCGACUACCAGCCCACCUCCGCUAAGAUUGCGCUCCGCCCCAUCCCCAAAUUCAUGGUUCGCAAGCUUCAGGCACGCAACGAGCCACGCAAGGGUCGCGGCUUCGGCUUCGUCACGCUCGCUAGCACCGAGCUCCAACAGAAGGCUUGCGAGGACAUGAACGGCAAAGAGAUCGAGGGACGUGAAAUUGCCGUUAAGGUCGCGAUUGAUAGCCCAGGCAAGGAGGACGAGGACCCAAACGCACCAAUUGGCGAGACUGGCGUUGACGCCGAGCCAUCGACUGCUGAGGGCUCUGCCAACGUCAACACUGCCACUGCUUGAGCGGGAGAUUCUCGCUAGCGCGCCUGAAAAUCUGUCUUGCCUCUCCUCCACUUCUUGCCUGUUCUAUGCAGCAUCUUGGCUAUCUGGUAUGGACAUACGCUGCAGAGUUCUGGGCGAAAUCGGGCUGCGGUGGGACAAACGAAAGGAAGAAGAACACCGCUCAAUGUUGACAUCGAUUUGAACAUGAGAUGCGACGAGUUUAUGCCAUUCUGCACAUUGUAUUCGAUGUAGUUUUAGAUAUGAACACAUUGAGACAACCUGGUUGUGCAAGUUUUCAACUCCAGAACUUGGUCCGGGG